AAUGGCGGGAUGUUUUGCUAAAAGCAUUUGAUUCUUGCCGCCCAAAAUUCUACAUUUUAAAACCUAUUUUUCGACUUUAAGGACGUGGAUAUGAAUUUCUUAAGGACUCCAGAUGAUAGUACGGCAGUUGUUAGGAUAAUGGGAGAGUUUGAUCAGUUUUUAACUGAUUCUGAAGUGAGUGGAAUUGCGGAUCCAAAGUUGCGUUUGACAUUUGAUGAUGAUACAGAACAGAUACGACCUACAAGAAGAGCAACAAAGACAAUAACUUACCAGAAACCCUCCAGAAGUCUAGCCCGAUCACAAAGCAGUAGUGUAGUGACUGAGAAAGACCGUGAGAAAGAUGUGGAGAUUAUUAAAAGUCAUAGUAAGAUAGCUCAUCUUGAGAGCCAGUUGUAUUCAAUGGAGUCUUCGAGAAAGAGAGCUCGGGUAGAGCAAGACAUGGAGUGUGAGAUCCAGCGACAAGAACUGAAUAAGAAGUCUGAGAAGAUGGAGGAUUUGAUGAAGAGCGUGCAGUAUGCUUUGGAUCAAGAGAAGCAGGCUAAGGAACAGCUCAGUGACAUAAAAAAAGAGUAUGAGUUUUACAAGAACAAAGCUGAUAAGAAGAUUCAGAAUUUGCAGAGGGAAAAACUAAAGCUAAGUUCAGAAAUAGAGGAGGUUAAAGAAGAUAAUGGCCGAAAACAACUAGACCUGCGCAAUGCACUCACAAGACAAGAGGCAGAAAAUAUUAUAAUUCAAAACAAACUUGAUGAAUCAGAAGCCAAGCUGGAAACCUUCAAGAGACGUUAUAGUGAAGCUUCAAAACAAGUAGUUGAAAUAGAAGAGUUGAGGAACACAGCAAGAAAUGCCACUCUCAGGGUUAAGGAAUUAGAACAGCAACUGUCCAGGCAAGAAGAUGCCGCAAGCAUUGCCAUGACAAUGCAGAGUCAGCUAAGUAGAUACCGUGAACUAGAAAAGCAGAACUUAAAGCUUGAAGAAGACAACAGAUAUUACAGAGAAACAAAUGAAAGUAACCUGUUGUUGAAAGAACAGAGAGACAGCAUGGCUGCCAAGCUGAAGAGAGCUGAGGAGAGAAUUAAAGAUCUGUCUAUCUUGGAAUUUGAAAAUGAAGAUCUAAAGAAGAGAAUAAAGCAUUGGGAGGUAGAAGAUGCGUCAGGUAACACCAAGACAGCAUCACCUGUUCAGUUGACCCAUGAGAUAGCAAAACUACAAAAAAGUCAAGUGGUGUUGUUAGAGCAGCAGAGUGAUCUGAAAUCAAGUUCACAGAUUCAUGAAGCUGCUCGUCAAAAGGCAGAAACUGAGUUGUCUGCUGCACUAAAGGAACUGAAUAUAUUACAGGCAAGUGAAUCUAAGCACAAAGAACUUUACCAAAGAUUGCAAAGGCGCUUGGUUCUUAUUACUGCUGAAAGAGAUGGCUUCCGUCGUAUCCUCAAUGUGUUUGAUAACAACUUGUCUGCAAACUAUGACUCACAGCUGCGGGAUCGUGUGCAGGAGGCAGAGGAAAGACUGGCUUCUUAUAGCAAACAUGUUGAAGCCGUUGAAAGUGAAAUAAGUCAAGCAAAGGAUCAGCUUGCUUCUCAAAAGACGAUAAUCUUAGAGUUGGAAAGACAGUUAAAGGAGGAGAAAUCAAAAUGUGCCAGCAGGUCGACUGUAUCAACCGCCACAGAUAACGAAGCCAAAGCAGAAAUAAAACGACUUAAAGAAGAAAAUAUGAAACUUGCUGAACAACUGGAAAUAUAUGAACUACGGAAAGAACAAAUGCACAUACAGGGAUAUUACGACCCUACGAAGACCAAGGUCCUUCAUUUCUCGAUGAACCCAACGAGUUUUGCUCGACAGAAAAAAGUCGAAGAAAUAGAAAAACUACGCAAAGAAAAUGAUUCUCUUCGGCUGAAAAUCCAAGCCCUGGAAGGUGGGAAAUUGCCGGCUUCUAGUAGCACAGCAGCUGAUAGCCUACAGACCAGUCCAGAGAUAAGUGCCAGUACAACUAAGCAAGUAGAAGAAGUCAAGGCGCAACUCUCGUCUUCAGAACUAAGAAACCAACGUCUGAAAGAGGUAUUUUCCAAAAAGAUCCAAGAGUUUCGCGAGGCUUGUUAUGCGUUAACCGGUUACAAGAUAGACGUCCUGCGAGACAAGCAAUACAGACUACAGUCCAUGUAUGCUGAGAGAUCUUCCGAUGACUUGCUAUUCGAGAGCAAUAGCAAAGGAGAGAUGAUGUUAUUAGAGACGGACUUCUCGUCUCAGGUCCGAGACCACAUCGAGACUUACCUAAGAAGAAUGAACUCCAUUCCAGCAUUCCUUAGUAACGUCACUCUUGACUUGUUUAGUAAACAAACUACAACGAUUGUCAUCAACUAAGCACGUGAUACAACACGUGUUACGACCACGUGAUACAACCACGUGUAUAUCAUGAACUCUAUCCCAGCAAUCCAAAGUAAAGUCAAUCUUGACUUGUUUAGUAAACAAACUACGACGAUUGUCAUCAACUGAACACGUGAAACAACACGUGAUGAUCACGUGAAUCUUAUUGACUCUGCGGUCUCCCGUUGCUAAGUAACGUAACACUCKACUAAGUAAAGCAACAUCAGAAAUCAGGGUCAGGGCUUGUAAUGUAUAUAUCAUUCAAGCUUCCCCCCUAAGAGGAGAUCUCCCAAUUCUGACCCGCCAUUGUGCAAAGAUAGGUCUGAAACUGUAUCAAUUUUUUUUGUAUGUACAUAUUAUUAUUAUAUUUGAUUGGGGAUGACCUUGUUAAACUCAUAGAACCUUUUAUAAGCUAAUAAAAUAUUGGCAACUA